AUGGAGAACGGUUCAGCCAGCUCAGGAGCCACACUGAGCAACCAAACGCUGGGCAGGAUGCCCCGGCAGCCCCUGGAGCUCCAGGUGGUCACCAUCCUGCUGGUGCUGCUCGUCUGCGGGGUGGGCAUUGCAGGCAACACCAUGGUGGUGCUGGUGGUGCUGCGUACCAAGCAUAUGGUGACCCCCACCAACUGCUACCUGGUGAGCCUGGCUGUGGCCGACCUGCUGGUACUGCUGGUGGCUGGGCUGCCCAACAUCUCCGAAGUGGUGGCUUCCUGGGUGUACGGCUACGCUGGCUGCCUCUGUAUCACCUACCUGCAGUACCUGGGCAUCAACAUCUCUGCCUGGUCCAUCACUGCCUUCACAGUGGAGCGCUACAUCGCCAUCUGCCAUGCCAUCAGGGCGCAGCUCCUGUGCACCGUGGCCCGCGCCAAGCGCAUCAUCUCCUCGCUGUGGCUCUUCACCUCCCUCUAUUGCCUCAUGUGGUUCUUCUUGGUGGACACAUCCCAGGUCACGUUCUCGGAUGGGGCACAGGUCAGCUGUGGCUACCGCGUCUCCAGAAGCCUUUACAUGCCCAUUUACUUCUUGGAUUUUGCUGCCUUCUACGUCAUCCCAUUGGGACUUGCAGCUGUCCUCUAUGGCCUCAUUGCCCGUAUUCUAUUCACGAGUCCCCUGCCCGCCGCCCCGCAGCAUGCCCUGGGCUCAGCGCAUCGGGGCGGCUCCCUCCAGCAAUCCUGCCGGGGCAGCAGGGGGGCCCUGAGCUCCCGCAAGCAGGUGACCAAGAUGCUGGCUGUUGUGGUGGUCCUCUUCGCCCUUCUGUGGCUGCCGUACCGCACGCUGGUGGUGGUGAACUCCUUCGUGGACCCCCCGUACCUCAACCUCUGGUUCCUCCUCUUCUGUCGGAUGUGCAUCUACCUGAACAGUGCCAUCAACCCCAUCAUCUACAGCCUGAUGUCGCAGAGAUUCAGAGCUGCCUUCAGGAAGCUCUGCAGGUGCAGAUGGAAGAGCACAGCUGUGCCCGCACCACGCAGCAUCCCAGUGCUCUACAGCAGAGCAAAGGACGGCUCUCAGGGCAGUUCCGAGCAUGGCACUCACCAGGAUGACCUGAACGCUCCCACUGCACCUGUGAGGAGAAGCAGGGCUGCCACGCAGACACCAGGACCCUGA